AUGGCUACUUCACAAUCAGCUCUUCUUCUUCAAAAGCAACUCAACGGCUUUUCCGCGGGUCUUGCUGAUAAUGAUAAUAUCUAUGAGUGGGAGAUCAUAAUCAUUGGUCCACCUGAUACUUUAUUUGAAGGUGGUUUCUUUAAAGCAAAGAUGACUUUUCCAAAGGCAUGUUGUUUUACGGAAUAUCCCUUGAUGCCUCCAAAACUGAAAUUUGUUUCUGACAUGUGGCAUCCAAAUGUAUAUCCUGAUGGUGAAGUGUGCAUUUCCAUUUUGCACCCUCCAGGUGAAGAUAAGUAUGGUUAUGAAGAUGCUGGUGAAAGAUGGAGGCCUAUACAUACUGUUGAAACGAUUUUAUUGAGUGUCAUUUCAAUGCUUUCGAGUCCUAAUGAUGAGUCGCCUGCAAACAUUGAAGCUGCU